GAGUAAAUCUAUGCCAAUAGCGCUAUUCUCGGAUUGCAUAGGUUUGGAGAUCGUAUAAAUAGGCCCAAAGGCCUGCGAGAGAGCUCACUCGCUCUUAUUUUUUUUUUUAUAUAAUCUGGUCCACAAAAUGGCAGCGCCCACGUCACCGCACGAUCUGGUUUUUCCACCCUUAAAGAAUGAUUUGAUACUACGUGCUGCUAGAAGGCAGCGUACAGAAAGAGUUCCUGUUUGGGUGAUGAGGCAGGCUGGGCGUUAUUUACCUGAAUAUAGAGCUGCUAAAGGCUCUACAAAGUUCUUUGAAACUUGUAGGACACCUGAGCUGGUUUGUGAGCUAACUCUUCAGCCCAUAAGAAGAUAUGAUCUGGAUGCAGCCAUAAUAUUUUCAGAUAUAUUAGUUAUUCCAGUUGCUUUGGGCUUGACUGUAGCCAAUGAUCCUGGAGAGGGUCCAGUCUUUGCAGAUCCAAUUAAAACUCCAGAUGAUAUUAAAAGGCUAAAGCCAGAUUUUGAUGCAGUUGCUGAAUUGGGUUAUGUCUAUGAAGCUAUCACUCUGACUAGAAAUAAGUUAGAAGGAAAAGUUCCACUCUUUGGCUUUACUGGAGCACCUUGGACUUUGAUGAAAUUUAUGAUUGAAAAUGUGAGUGCUGGACCAAAUCCUAAUAAGGCAAGACAAUUUCUUGUUGAACAUCCUGAAGCUAGUCAUGAGCUACUUAGUAUAUUGAAAGAUGCAGUUGUCAAACAUUUGGUACACCAAAUCAAAGCUGGGGCCCAGAUUGUGCAAGUUUUUGAUUCAUUUGCUGGAGAGCUGGGUCCUAUAUUAUUUUCCAAAUUUGAGUUGCCAGUAUUGAGACAGAUUGCAAGAGAAGUUAGGGAAACUCUAAAGGCUUUGGAAAUUGAACCAGUCCCUAUGGUGGUCUUUGCUAAAGAUGGUCACUUCGCUAUUGAAGACUUAUCUCAAUCUGGAUAUGAAGUUGUAGGUCUAGAUUGGUGUGUUGAGCCACUUCAUGCCAGAAAAUUGGCAGGUAAUCGUGUGGCACUUCAAGGCAAUAUGGAUCCAGUUAUGAUGUUUGCUCCUAAGGAUGAAAUUCGAAAGGCUGUGAAAGAAAUGUUGACCAAGUUUGGAACACAGGGAUACAUAGCUAAUCUUGGACAUGGUGUAUUGAAAGAUGUAGACCCUGACCAUCUAGGAGAGUUUAUUGAAGCUGUACAUGCAUACUCUGAAGACAUGAACAAAAUCUCCUAGUUUAACAGAUUUGCAGCUUUAUGGUCAGACAUUUUUGUUGUUGUUGAACAAUGUCAUGCAUUAUUAAAUAAAAAAAAACAACAACUUGUUGAUGUAUAGAUCUUUAUGGAUCCAAAUGUUGCUUGCAGUGUUGCUGACAGUAUAAUGAUCUUGGAGCUAUGAUCAAAAUGUUAGUUACAGAUCUCCUCAUUUGUUUUGGUAUUCCAUCUUUGAUUAACUAGUAUGUCAUUUAUUGUGUGGUUGUGACAUUCUAAUGUAAGAACAAUAAUUUCUUUCUUGUGAUAGUGUAGCCCAUCUUUUAAGUUAGUUUGUACAUGUCCAACAAGUUUUUGAUCAAUUAUAAAAAGGAAAAUAGGUUAGCAAGAAGUGCAUGACUAUUUCAUAUUAUUAUUUAACAUUCACAAAAACAUUUUUAUUACAAUUGAUUCUUGGAAAUUAUUUUUAUUUAUUUAUACACUUAAUUCCUGGUAAUGAAAUGAACCUAAAAAAACAUAUUUUAAAAUGUGCAAUCACAACUUCUAAAUGUAGAACUGUCUUGUAAUUUAUGUAUUAUCAAGUAUAUUACCAUUCACUUUCAUCUUAUUUUAUUUGAAGAUUAUAUUCAAUAGUUAGGAGGCUCAGAUAACUUUUGGUUGGUACUGUGCCUUCUUAAUAGUUUUCAGUUAGAAGGCUGUUGACAAAAAGAUGUAUUACUUAAAAAAAAUUAAUCAAUAUAUGUAUAAAUAUAUACACUAUAAUGUGAUGAUAUUGUUCUAUGUUCAAUUAGAUAUAAAGCAUGAAAUUCAUGCAUGUUGAAAUAAUUCAUAUAUUCAGAUUUUGUUCAUUUUAUUUUAGUGUUCACCUUAACCUUUUAAAGAUGUCUUCAUCUUUAUGCAAAACUUUUUGACUUUAUUAGUGCUAAUGGCUUAGUUAAUUUUCUCAUCUAAUAAACAAUUAUAAUGGUUUUUUUUUGGGGGGGAUGUAUUUUUUAAUUUCUAAUCAUUUGUCCUCACAUCACAAUGAGAUGCAGCAGAGAUGUGUAACUGUUACUGUAAGGCCUCAAGAGAUCUCCAUGUAGUCUUGCCUUCACUGCUAUCUCUAUGAAGGUUGAUGGUAAAAAGUAUUAGUGCCUUUUUUCUUUGCUUUCUUUCAUGAAUCAUAAUGACACAUAAAAUACAGUUUACACUACUUUUUAUUACGUCUGUCUAUGAAAUGAUUAAAAACUUUUAUCUUAAUCAGUUUUUCCUUGUCAUUUUAUUGCAUAUUUUCCCUGUCUGUUUAACAACAUUGAUGUGUGAAUAGUUCAUUUCAAAUUCUCAAUGACUAUUAAAAAACUUUAUUAAA